AUGGACUCAAUUCGACGAGAAUUCGAACUUUUGGACUCAUCAGGACUUGAGUACCAAUGUUGGGUAUCUGAUGUGGAAACUACCUUCAUGGCAAAGGACUAUACAUCCACUAUCAAGCCAUCUGCCGACGCUGCUCCGACAACUGAGAAAGACAAAGCUCAUGCUCUUAUGUUCCUCAAGAGGCAUAUAGAUCCUAACAUGCGUUGGGGUCAUCAUCACUUGAAGACACCCAAAGAGCUAUGGAAUGCUCUAGAGAGCCGUUUUGGGAAUAUUUAUGAUUCCUUGCUACGACAAUUGACUCUCCAGUGGAAUGAAAUCCGCUUUCUCGAUUAUGUAAAAGUGAAUGAUUUCCAAAAAAAUAUGAUACAGAUUCAGGCACGUCUGGACUUCUGUGGAAAGAAACUCACAGAUGAGGAAAUGAUUCAGAAAACCCUAUCGACCUUUCCCACCUUUUCCACGAUACUAACGAACCAGUAUCGUUUAGAGGUUGACAACAAAGGAAUCACCACAUUCAGUAGGUUGAUAAACUUAUUGCAAGUAGCCGAAAGGCACAAUGAGAUUCUUGUCAAUAACAAUGUCAGAGAUGUCGGGAAAAAGAAAGUUCUCGAAGUUAACUAUGGAAAGGUCAAUAGAGGAAAGAAUCCCAAAGGAAAGAGGGCUUGA